AAAAAAAUCAAAUACCUGUUUUCAAUGUCACCGCAUGCCCAGCAAGACGUGCGUUAUAUUAUACUGGUGGCUUAGAUGGUAUACCCAUACCCAUAACAGUUAUUGUAAUUGGUGGUUUAAUAACAUUCUGAUUUGUAUUUACAACAACGAACAUUAGUAAUACAUUGUUAUUCAGUACAUAGCAACUGCUAUAUUAUAAUGAAUGGAAAUAGUUCGCCUGAAAUGAUUGAAAAUGGAGAUCCAGAUAUAGCGAAAUCAAUGGAAGAUAGUGAGCCUAAAGUGAUUGAAAAUGGAGAUCCAGAGAUUGCUAAAGCAAUGGAAAUUUUAUUGGAUUUGAUUAAAAAUUCGGAUACAAAAAUUUCCACAGAUCAAAAUUACCUAUCGAGAUAUUUAUAUGGGACUGAUUUUAAUGCAGAAGAAGCCUUCAAAAAGGUUAAAGCUUCUGCAGAACAUAUUCUAGAAUGUCCAGAAUGGUACCGUAAAGAUGGUCCACUAACUAUAAAAAAGAUAAUAGAUGAAGGUCCACGAGUAAUUUUACCUGAUUUUGAUAAGGAAGGAAGGCCAAUAUUUUUAUUGAAAAACGGAAAACUAAAUCCAAGCACGAUGCCCUUAUAUGACGUCAUAGCUGUUGAUGAUGUUUGGUUGGAGGCAGUGUUAUCUAAAAAUCCGGAACUAGCUGGAAAGGGUCUGUGUGUUAUUAUGGAUAUUAAAGACCAAAACUGGAGGCUUAGUAAGUGGAUGCAGCCUAACAAUGUCCGGCAAUCUAUGAAGAAAAUAGAGAAUUUACCUUUUAAAGAUUACAAAAUUCACGUUGUCAAUAAUUCUUGGUGGAUUAGUCUUGCUAUUAAGAUGACGUGGCCUUUUUUGCCUCAGAGGUAUAAAGACAUGAUAAAAUUCCACUUCAAUAAUAUGGAGAGCUUCUACGAAUACAUAGAUCCAAAAGUUUUACCGCCAGAAUACGGAGGAACCAAAGAAUUGACUUACGCGGAGAUAUUCGAAAAACUGUACGCUAGAAACGAUGAAAUAUUUAGAAGUUAUGAAUCGUACAGAUUUUACGAAGAAGAUCUUUUAUAAUUAUUAGAUAAGAAUUUUUGUGAUGCCAGUUUAAUUUUAAUCAUGUUAGACUUAAGAUAUUUUUUUAAUGUAUAAAAUGAGUAAUUUGUUGUAAAGGAUAUAAUGUUAUAAUUAUAUUUUUAUGUGAUGUAA